AUGCUACAGCAAAUGGACAUAUUUGACUCAAGUCCUAAAAUGAUUAAAGUUACCAGUAAAGACUAUGAUGUAGCUGCUCGUGUAGCUGAAGUCCUCCAAGCACAUUUCAAUUAUGUGCAACAUGGUUUGGUGGAAACUACCUACACUUUCACUUAUUUGUAUGAAUCUCAACGAGAACGAUCAACUAUCAACUCUAGGAUGCCAGCUCUCACAAAAUUAUCACACGCACUUUUAAGACGAUUGAUCGAUUUUUUUGGUACCAAGAUCGAGGCCCAUGCCAACAAUCUUCGUGAACAACAGGAAAUUAGGAAAGGCGAGGCAAAGGAUCUCAUUAUGAAACUGCAAGAAAUAUAUCCUGAUCUAGAUGUGAAUGCUGCGACGAUUGAAUCUGUUGCAGAGGAGGAGGAUGACACUUCCCCUGCUACACCAUUACGUCAGGACAGCACAAUCGAUGAUAGUGGAAUUGCAGAAAUUGCUCAAAGUGUACCGUCAAAGACGAUGAAUGGGAGCACAUCAGCAACAGAGGACAAUAUUGGAGCAGAACCGGCUUCGGCGACUGUAGCAGAUUCUUCUCAUGCGGCGACAAAGAGGACAAGGCAAGGUUUUUUUGGCAUCUUCGGCAACUUUUUUGGUAUUUUGUCUCGUCGUAGUCAAAGUGAGCAAUCAAACGUGUCAAUUCGUGAACAUGUUGAAGAGCAGGCAGAAAGUGACAAAAUUUCAAUGAGAGAGGCAUACAGAAAUGGUAAUCCGAGCUCUAUUACUAGGAAAAGAACCGUCUCAGAGGAAGUGUUCAUUGCAGAGCGGGCGGCUUUACAAGCCAAAGUGGAGUUACAAGAGGCAACGCUUUCCGCUCAAAGUGACACAAUCUCACAGCUUAGUGACGCAAUCUCACAGCUUAGUGACACAAUCUCACAGCUUAGUGACACAAUCUCACAGCUUCAUUCACAAUGCGCUUGUACGGUUUGUUUGGAACUCGCAUACAGACCACAUGUGCUUUCCCCCUGUGGUCACGUAUUUUGUGCUCGUUGUCUUGUGUUGUGGUUCAAAGAGGCAUUGCCAGAUGAGCCACCGUUCGCUCCGUAUCUGACAGAAGAGCAAAGGCUAGAGGAACAACAACGUCGGACAUUACGACGUAAAAAGCUUUGUCCGCAUUGUCGUGUAAGAGUUCAAGCCAGACCAGCAGAAGUUUGGAUGAUCAAAGGUUUGGUAAACAAGCUUGAUGAAAGUAUACGAUCAGGUCAAGGCAAUGAUAAGGACACAGACAUUUCAAAUAGCACCUCUUCUACAGACGCAAAAGCAAAGGAAGCUCGAGGCAAAAACCUGAAAGCAGGCACGGCACUUUGGGACACAAUUUUUCCACACAAUGAUGAUUGA